UGACCUUUUUUUUUAGACAAUAAGAAUAAAUACCUUGUAAAUCUCAGUUGUGUUGUUAUAACGAUGGCAACUCAGGGAAAGCAGUACAAAUGGAAAAUUUUAGCAUGGAAUGCUUUAAGAAGAAAUGAAAAGAAAUGGACUUUACAAGAAAGUCAAUGGUUUGACAGAAAAGAAGACUGUAUUGCGGAUUUUAAGGAAAAAAUGAAAAAUGGUUACGACAUUGCAGACAGCUGGGGAUCUGAAGAAUACAUAUUAAAACGUAGGGUUAUGCCGAAAAAGUACUUUCCACAGACCUUAAGAGAAUAUAAUUUGUAAGGUUCAAGUUGACACCAAAGGGUUUUCCAAAUCCCGCCCACGGAGUGGUCAUAUAUAUAUAAAUGUGCAAUGUAGUAGAUAGACAAAACAUUUUGCUUAAAGAUGGCUGAACAAAUGGUAAUGAUGGAGCUUCUUACAGGUGAUUGUGGUAACGAAUGCAAAGGGAUGUUGAAAGAGAAAUUGAAGAAAAAAAUCGCAAUCGUAAUUCCUAGCUUUUUUGCGAUUGUACUUAUCAUUUCUUUGUGCGUCGCUGUCAGUGUCUUACACGAGAAGAAAAAACUUACGCCUGUAGACUGUGUGUUACGCCCUACACUGGAAAAAGAUGUCAUUAAAACAUGUUCCUACGUGGAUCGGUACCCCCUCUCCAACGAAGUAUAUGCCAUGAUAUGUGCCAAUGACACCAUACAGAUUGACAUACGACGAUUUCAGUCCGGAAAACCGGGGAACGAAGGAAUUACUUUGAGUAAAACACAGUGGCAGUACCUAAAAGCAUCCGUAGAUCACAUGGAUGGAUCUAUUUUAAAAGCACAAAAUCAUAUAUAAAAUGUUGCAGGAAUAAAAUGUAGAAUUGUCAAAGAAGAGGGACUAUGGACAAGACGGUGAAACUUUCAGACAAAAUAACGAUCAUCCUUAUUCCCUAUGAAGAUCGGAAGGGGGAAUGGAUGACCAUGGCUUUGGACAGAUAUCGUUUCAAAAGAAGAAUAAAUUAUAUUUCAAAAAUUCUAAAUCCUAUACUGGAGAAACAUUUAAAAAACACAGACGCCAAUAAGGAUCUGUAAUGCCGAAAACUACAGUCAGCGUGUUCUACAGAUUUCUACAGUCAAGUCUACAGAAAAGUCAUAUUCAAAGGGGAGUCUACAGUCACUGACGCCAUGGGGGAGUCUACAGUCAUGAGUCACGUGACUUAAAGCAUAUAUAAACUUGUAUCAUUUUGAAAAUUUUCAUCAGUCUUCAGCGUAUCUCAGAUAGUAUCUUGUGGGAAACCUUGCCAUCAACAAAAAUGGAGCAAAAACAUCAAGACUUGAUAAAGGCAAACUACUCGACAUUGGUGAAGAAGAUGAUGGCUGUUCAUGUUGCGGGGCAUCUUUACACCUCAAACAUAAUUACCGAUGAAAUGAGACAACAGAUAGACGCUGAGAAAACCAGCUAUGACAAAAACAGGAAAUUGAUCAGCAUCAUUUUACGUCGAGGUCCGAGAGCUUUUAUGGGGUUUAGAACGGCAUUGAUGAAAGCCAAUCAAGCUGACUUAUCCCGACUCCUGAUGAAUAAGGAUGAUGACACAAAGUCUGAGUACGAAAAGAAGCUGGCCAUGGCAAGAUCAUUAGUCGUUGGUACUAAAGAAAGAAGUUCAAGAAACGCUGAUCAUCAACAGUCUCAAGAGCCAAGAUGUAGAAUAAGUUUGGACGACUUUAAUGACCUAUUCCUCACGGUCAUGCCUUUCAAGGGGGAGAUUUACGUUCACAUCCGUCACCUCACAGAAUCGCAUGGCCGUUUCAUUGCCACCAAGAAGGGGGUUACCUUUCCCUUAGCCCGUUGGUUAAAGUUUGAAUCUCUUUUACCAGAUAUUCAAGACUACAUAGACAACACUGGAAAAGAGGACGAAGAAGCACAGUGGCAUGUUGGUGGUGGUGUGUUCGUGUCAUUAUCACCAGGCUAUCCGACAGUGGACAUAAGACACUUCUGGAAGCCAGACAAUGUUCAAGAGCCUAUACCUACAAGAAAAGGUGUUACUCUGAACAAAAACAAAUUUGUCAGACUUAGAGAUGUUAUCGAGGAGUUACAUGGAUAUGUUCCAGAACUAAAGGACGUUGACUUUUGCAUGCUCAGUGAGUCUCAUCAAAAUCAACUAGGAAUGUUAAGCUGUCCCGAAUGUACCCCUUUUGGCUACGACCCACAAGACAACAUGUCAAUGGAAUGUAACGCGGGGGAUUUACCAGACAUGGAAACCAUCGAGAGUGACCUUGAACGACAAUGAACACUAAAAAUGAUUAAUGAUAUGAAUGUAACAUAUGUAUAU